AAAGUAAACAGGUUUUUGAUUCUCUCGAUGGAACAGGAGGAAAAUUCGAGAUAGAAGAGAAAGAAGUAGGAGACAAGAUGAAUUGCGCGCAUAAGUAGUUCCAUGUGGGAGUUUUCUCCUGGAUUUAAGGUUAAAAUAACCAAUGAGUCACAACAUAAAGGGCCUGGUUCAGGACAGCAGCAGCAAGCAGUGUGUGCCGCUCUGCUCCCUGGCGGAUCUCAAGCUACGAUUCUUAUGUCCUAGUGACUUACCAGAGGUAAAAACACUCUGUCGCCAGUGGUUUCCUAUUGAAUAUCCAGAUGUUUGGUACGAAGACAUUACGACAAAUCCUCAUUUUUAUGCACUGGCAGCUACUCUACACAUGCAGAUAAUUGGGCUGCUUGUGGCUGAAACUAAACCCCUAUCCAAAAUGAACAAAGAGGACCAAGACAUACUCCCACCCUCCCUAACGGGCCAGACUCAGAUCGGCUACAUCCUAACCCUGGGUGUGAGUGACUCAUUUCGUGGCCAUGGGAUUGCCUCAUUGCUGCUGGACAAUUACUUGGGUCAUUUGACGGCCCAUGAGUCACCACAAGUACAAGCUGUCUUGCUGCAUGUCCUCACCACUAAUCAACGAGCUAUUACCUUUUACCAGCGACGCAAUUUUGUAAAGCACACUUUUCUACCCUAUUAUUACAACAUUAAAGGAAAGCCGAAAGAUGGAUUCUCCUACGUGCGCUAUAUCAACGGAGGACACCCACCUUGGACUCUGAUAUAUCCUUUAAAACUUGUUAUUUUACAUGGUGUUUUGUUAACUGGGCACACGCUAUGCCUAGGGAUUCAAAUAUGA